GAUGAUUUUCGAUUUCUCAGAAAAGGAAAACAGAAGCCGCACAUCGCUAACAAAUCGAGUUCUGCGCCUCUCCCAGCGGUGAACCCAACCACACCGUUAAACACCUCUCUUUUCAUUUCCUGCUUCCUGUGGUUCGCCCUUGUUUAUUCACUAUCUUGACUGUACUCUUCGAGAUCACUUUGCUUUGCAUUCUGCAACUAUGUUUUCCAUAUAGCGAUAUACACUCUUCAGUCCUGUGAUUGCACACAAGAUUACGCUUGCCUCUGAAUUUGACAAUGGGUCUCGGUCAGAGGUUUAGGCGUCUCGGGGAGAUUCUUCUCGAGAUCGGAUAUUCUGCGUUCAAGCCUCGCUUUAUCCUAUUCCAUGCUAUCUACAUCGUGAUGUGGUCUAUCGUGGGAUCAAUCUUAAUCUACCCUGAGCGCAAUAUCCCAUACAUCGACUCUCUCAUUCUUGCAGCCGGUGCAUCAACACAGUCGGGCCUAAACACCGUCGACAUCAAUAAUCUCACAUCAUGGCAGCAAGCUGUCCUAUACAUCAUCCCCACCUUCACGAACCCAAUCUCAAUCCACGCCUUUCUAGUCUUUGUCAGACUAUACUGGUUCGAAAAGGCCGUCACCGAUAUCGCAAUGCGCUCACGCAUCCAGCAUCGCAUCCGUAAAGCGAAAACGUUUGGCAUCGUCGACGAUUCAGCCGAUCUCGAGCAAGGUGUCGCGGGACGGCCGAUUGUUAUUCUGAGCUCAGAGAAAAUGACGGAACAGAAUUUUCCUGGAUAUAAAGGGUUCCAUCACAACGCGAGCGACGACGACGACGAUGACGACGACGAAGGCCACAAACGAGCUAUGGCGAUGAAUGGCAACGGCGGACUUCAUGAUAUGGAAAAUGUGGGAGCGAGACGGGCUACCGGAAGGGUUAUUCGAGAUGAUUCUGAUGCUAGCGAUCGACCUUAUGACUUUUCAAACAGGUUUAGAGACUCUGACUCUGAAGAGGAGCAUGCCGUUGUCUUUGACGAGGAUGAUUCCGAGCAGGGCGAGAGUUCUGGGAGUGGUGGUACUUCGCACUCUUUUGAUGGCGAAAAUCAACACACCUCUCUGGAUGCAAAGCCAAAGAAGACGCUGGCCGAUAUCACCCGCGACCGCGACAUUCGAUUCGGCGACCUUCCUUCCCCCCGUUCGUACAAGUAUCUCGAAGACACCGGUCCUGCACUCGUAAUCAAGUCGCCUCGUGAACAAGAGCUCGAAGCCCAGCGCGCAGAGGAAGAAGCGAAAAGACGAGGCAUGCCCGAUAUUCAUUUCGCGCUAUCGCCAAUCGUGGGCCAUGGCCGUCGGUAUCUGCUUGGAAGAUCCGGGAGUCAUGAGCGUGGUGGGCAUCGGCGCAGUGGAUCUUUUGGACCGAGCUCGCAUAUACGUGGCGAGUCCUUUGAAUUGCGGAGACGGAGCAGUGCGGAUAUGGAUGACGAGGACGAUGACCUGCGGGACAAUGUUCUAAGACCUACGCGGUCUCAUGUGAUUGGACCCACAAACGCAGCAAGGAUCGAAGAAGAAGAAAAUGAUAUCCGGAGUAGUAGCGUGAGUCCGGCAAAUAUCCCCAAAAUCACCAAGCGAGCAAUCACGAUCGACGCGCCCCGAGGCCGCCAGUUUCACAGCGCGCGUGCACCUACUAGUUCAGGAGCAGGACCAGCAACGAGCCGAUUAGGCAAACGACACAGCUCGAUCUCUGAGUUUUUCUUCAACCGCAGCGCGACCAUGGAUCGCGUAGAGCGCAUUAUCUCGCGGACACUGUCACGGCGGAAAGAUAACUCGCCCACGCGGUCGACGUAUUCCCGGCGGUCGAUCGGACAGUUGCCGUAUCUGUCGUACGAACCGACUGUUGCGCGAAACUCAAAGUUCAUCGGGCUGACGGACGAUCAGCGUGCGGAGUUGGGUGGGAUCGAGUAUCAGGCGCUGCGAACGCUUGCGGUUGUGCUUGUGGCUUAUUUCUUUGGAUUCUGGAUUCUGGCGAAUAUAUGCUUGAUUCCCUGGAUCCAAGGACGCAAGUACUACCGAAAGAUUGUGGAAGGGUAUACCCAGAACUCUGCGUGGUGGGGAGCGUUCAUGGCUACGUCGACGUUUAUGGAUGUUGGGUUUACUAUUAUUCCGACAUCGUUGAUCGAGUUCCAGGACGCGGUUUUCCCGCUUUUGCUGAUGAGUUUUCUGAUUGUGAUUGGAAAUACUGGGUUCCCGUGUAUGCUGCGAUUGAUUAUCUGGAUGCUGCAUAAGGUAUUCCCGCCUGGAUCGCGGACGAAAGAGUCGCUGCAGUUUUUGCUGGAACAUCCUCGCCGGUGCUUUACGCUUCUCUUCCCUUCUGGACCGACGUGGUGGCUCUUUGCAGUGCUCGUGAUUCUGAACGGCGUGGAUUUGAUUCUCUUUGUGAUUCUUGAUCUCGACAAUAGCAUUUUUAGUGGAUGGAGCGGUGGGCAGAAGGUGCUGGAUGGAUUGUUUCAGGCGUUUUCGACGCGAACUGCGGGACUGGCGGUUGUUGAUCUGAGUAAACUGCAUCCGGCGGUGCAGGUUAGUUACCUGGUGAUGAUGUACAUCUCCGUCAUGCCUAUUGCGAUCAGUGUGCGUCGGACGAACGUGUACGAAGAGCAGUCGCUGGGGAUUUACGGGUCGCCGAGUGACGACGAGUCAGGCGCGGAAGACGACGGGUAUGAUUUCGAAGGGAACGAGAAUUCGUCGGAGACGUAUGCCGGUGGCGCGCUUGAUGAUAUAGUCGAGAACGAGGUGUCGAACAGUCAAGGCCAUAGCUCUGGGAUGCAGCGGCGGUCGACGCGGCGACGGCGGAAGCGGCAGCGGUCGUCGUUCGUGGCUAAUCAUCUGCGGCGGCAGCUGUCGUUCGACCUGUGGUAUAUUUUCCUGGGUCUGUUUGUGAUUUGCAUCUGCGAAGGCGGCAAGAUCCAGGACCGGGACCGGUACGAUUUCACUGUGUUUUCGGUCCUUUUCGAAGUCGUGAGCGCGUACGGCACCGUCGGGCUCUCGCUCGGGUAUCCGGGCACCAACACCUCGUUCUGCGCGCAAUUCACGACGAUUAGUAAGUUGGUGAUCAUCGCGAUGAUGCUGCGCGGGCGGCAUCGUGGGUUGCCGUAUGCGCUCGACCGCGCGAUCUUGCUGCCGAGUCAGAAGAUUGUGGAGAAGGAUAAGGAUGCGGAGGAGCGCGUGACGAGGCGGAUGUCGAUGGGUUCGAUGAAUGGGUUGCCGCGGACGUCGACGGUUGGGAGGUCGUCUACGCAUGAUGGGACGAGGAGACGGGCGGCUUAG